AUGGGUGCUAUGCUGCUAUUAUCAUCCAGGGCUCCGGCUCCUAGUACUUCUAGUUUGCGCUUCCAGGGUUUACUGGUUUUACAAGGUGUGAACUGCAUUCGGUGUCUGUCAGUAAACUCGGCCAUUACGACCGGCAUCAGAAAAGGCCGUGGGUUUGGAACCCCUAAGAAGGAUAAUGCGCCGUGGAUACGACGUGGACAAGUUUCAUCUCUGCCUCGAAACACAGAAAAUGUGAGCCAGAGAUACACGGUAAAUAAGCACGAUGCCAACAACUAUGGCGCACAAGCAGGCAGAAUAUCAAACUGGAGACGGGGCGAAGGGUCUGAAGCUUCAGACCUGGAUGAUGGUCGCAUGAAUGAACCCUCUAGAGACGAAUAUCCAGUACAGUUCCAACGUCCGUACCAAGAAUUACCGAGCAGCAAAGCCCAUAGCAGAGCCCUUACAUCGGACUCCUCGCGACGAUCCCCGGAAUCGUCUAUUCGGUCCAGCGAAACGAUACACUGGCGGAGGGAAAGAAGGAAACCACCGACAUAUAUAGACAACGUGGGAGUGAGGAAGCUCGAAGCUAGCAGUGUGCUGAGCGCCAGACAGCAGAUGGGAGGAUAUGCAAAAUCUGAGGAUGAACCCGAAAUACGCGCUAUUGCCAAGUAUGCAAGCUUAGCGGGUGCGCAGGUUAAGCACGUUACCGGCCCCUGGAAAACUACGCUGGAUAAGAUGACUGGCAAGCGGCCUCAUAAUGGCAUGGUCUUGGAGGCAUCCCCACUUCCGAAGCCUCCAGUACUGAGCUUCCAAACGGUCGUUUCCAAAUCCAACUCGCAUUUCCUGGCUCAAUUGGCCGCUCAGCCUGAAGAGCAAGCGGCCGUGAAUGGCACGGACGGCCACAUUCAAUUCGAUGCUAGAAGGAAAGACAGCAAAGCGUCCCGGUUCCCCUUCACUUUACUACUCGAUGGGAUACUUGACCCAGGAAACCUUGGAGCCAUCUUUCGAAGUGCCUACUGGUUUGGUGCAGAUGCAAUUGCUUUUUCGUCGCAGAAUUCAGCACCCAUAUCUCCUGUCGUUAUGAAAGCUGCUGCUGGUGCAACUGAAGCCAUUCCUAUUCUCUCAGUUCGUGAUGUUAGCACUUUCAUGACAGCAUCUCAAGCAAAUGGUUGGAAAUUUUUUGCAGCAGAUGCCCCUGAUGCAACGCUGGUUAAUGACUAUACCCGAAAAAUCCCCGUCAUCAAUAGCCUGGAAGCUCUAGCUUCUGAGCUCACAAAGGCACCAUGUGUGUUGAUGCUAGGGGGUGAAGGCUCAGGCCUGCAGCAGAAGAUUAAGAAUAGGGCUGAUUCAUUUGUUACUAUCCCCGGAGCUUAUUCGGCUAACAUUCGCGACGAUACUGCUGGUGUUUCCAGUUUGAACGUCAGCGUGGCGUCUGCAUUACUAUGCGAGGCUUUUCUCUCUCGCAGACCACCUUCCAGUAGUGCUGAAACACAAGAUUCACUAGAUACCCCUGCUGGAAACACGAACCGUGUCUUCUAG